AUGUAAUAUUCUCAAUAAAUAUAGAAGUAUAGAAAAUCGACCAGCUCACCAAUUCUUAAACCUCAGAGUCUACCAUCAAUAAAUGAAUUAAGAUUUGCAAUGAGAACCAGAGCAGGAAGCGAUUAAUAACAUUCAGUCAAGAUUAAUUAGGACAGUUUUAUUGCUUGUCGAUUGUAUAAGGAAUAAUAAUGAUAGUAAUGGCUAUUAAUUCUUUGCUAUUUGUGAUGGUCAUGGUUAAUAUGGGCAUCUAGUAUCAUAAUACCUUAAGAAAAAUAUCCCAAGUAUAAAUCAUAAGAAUUAGUUAUUCUAAGAAAUUAUCUCAAGGACAUGUCUUUGAAUUCAGAAGGCAUUAAUUAAGCAAUUAUUCGUUCAUUCUUGAAAAUUAAUAAGGAUCUAUUUUAAACAAAUAUAGAUACUAAUUUGGCAGGAUCAACUUUAGUAUCAAUAUUGAUAAAAGAUUAAUAAGUAAAUUGACAUAAUAUUCUAUAGAUAUUCUGUGCAAAUGUUGGUGAUUCAAGAGCAAUUAUUUGUUAAAAAGUAAAUACUUGGAUGGCCAUAUAAAUAAGUGUUGAUCAUAAACCAAAUAAUGGAAAAGAAAGAGCUAGAAUUAUAAAUGCUGAUGGUAGAAUAUCUCAAAGAAAAACAUCAGAAGGUUAUCCUGCUGGUCCUGAAAGAGUGUAUUUAGCAUUUUCAGACACUCCAGGAUUAGCAAUGACAAGAAGUUUUGGUGAUAAAAUUGCAUCAAAAGUUGGAGUAAUUGCAGAGCCAGGUAUUGAUGAUUUAUAUUAAAUAUAGAGAUAUUAGAAUUUAAGAAAACAAAAGCUCAUAAAUUUAUUGUUCUUGCUUCUGAUGGUGUUUGGGAUUAAUUGACAAAUGAUGAAGUUAUGGAUUUAAUACUACCUUAUUUUAAAGAUAAGUAAGUUGAAUUGGCCACUGAAAGAGUUGUAAGGGAAGCAUUUAAUAGAUGGAAAUAAUAUUCUAUUUUGAGAGAUGAUAUAACUUGCAUUGUAAUAUUUUUAUGA